AUGAAAUUAUGCUUAGAAACAUUGGUUAAUUACUCCAUAACAAACAAGAACUUUACCCUAGAACAACUAAGAACUUUAUCCGCCAGUUGUGUGCUACUGAAUCACUACCAUGUAAAACUGCUUGACACUCUUUGUGAGUCAUACAUUGAUCAAGACGUUCCUACUAAUGACCUUGCUAUUUUGUCUUUUAUCUUUAGCAAUUCCUCCUACACUAACCAGAAAGUGAUACAUCUUUUUGAAAAAAACCUGAAAAAUGAUGUUGUAAAUAUUGAUUUACCAAGCUUUUGUUUGAAUUUACACAAGAUUGGUGUAAAGGUUCCUGAGGAAUACAUAAACUUAAUAAAUGUCGAAUCACUUAAACCUUCAACAUUAAUUGGUCUUUUGGGAUUGUUUUCCCAAUUUCCAUCUAAACAGAUGGCAAUUUUGAAUAAAUUCAAAAGUAUAAACUUCAGUGAUUUAGAGAAAAUUCCCAGUGUUAUCCCGGACUACAAUUUUAAGAUUUUGGAAUAUAUAACAAACGGAUCAUUCACUAACAUUACUCACGUUCUGUUUGAUCUGUUUAUUUCAGAAGGGUUAUUGAAUUCUGAUGAUACAAGGUUGUUGUCAUUAAUAACUAAAUUACCUGUACACUGGAUCUUGGGAAAUUUUGAGAAGAUUAACUUUGGCAGAGUUAAAACAGAAAACAUUGGCGAUUCGAUUCUUAUUCAAACUGGACUGAUUGCGUUCUUAAGGUUUUGCAGGGAUGGUAUGACUUUUGGACUCGAAAAUAACCACAGUCUAAUGGAUAAUAUACAAAAUAGCAUUAAUGAAAUGGAACGAAUUCAUAAAAUUUCACACCUUGAUACUCUUCUCGAUACUCUUCCUGCCGAAGAACUUGAUAAAACUCCUACCAUAUUAAUAAACCAAUUGAAGAAAACACUUAAAAUGGACAUACGGGUAAUAACUUUAGCAUAUACUUGUCAUGAAACUGAAGUAGUUCAUGGUAAAUUUAUGAUUUUCUUGAUAAAAGGCACUCUUGAUUCAUUAUUUUUAUCAUUUCCAGAAAAUUUCUUGAGUUGCGAUCAUCAGGAUUUUCAAUGUUCAUGGAUUCCUCCUGGCAAAGUUCCUCGUCUUGAGAUGUUGUCAAAAAUCUUAGUUUUAUGUGAUAAAAAUGAGAAUGAAAAGGAUUCAUCACAAAUCCACUUGAACAUAGAGUUCCCAAAGGAUGAUAAAUCUAAACUAAACUUAAACACUGAGGGAAACGAGGUAAAUAAGGAGUUGAAAACGCCAGUAGUGAUAAUCUCACCCAAGCCUCUGGUGGACUACGAAAGGUUAUAUAAGAAAAUGAUGGAAAUCAAGCCAAACACAAAGGGAAACAACAGACUAGGUAAUGAAGAAAUUUUGUUAUUUGAUUUAGAAAAUGAAGUGAUUUACGAUGAGAAGGUUGCAUCCAAUGACCCUGUAUACAAGAGAGAGAUGUUGUACAAAGUAAUAAAUUAA